UUUACAGCAGCUAGGCGAGGUAGACGGAGGGAGAUUCAGAAAUUAUUUUAUUUAUUUUCGCUAAAAUAAAUAAAAAUAAGAUGUAUGAUUUACUGAAAAACAAUUAUUAUUCUAAAUCCUUCCGUUCAAAGACCAGAACGCGACAGUUAUUAAUAACCAAUUAAAUUAUUACUGUGUCUGCUCGGACGGCAUUUGGUUUACUGUCGUGGUUUUAUGAAUUGCGCUAUUAUAGAUAGUUGUCGGGAACAGGGUUGCUUCAGAUACAAUUAUUUUAAAUAACAGAAUGGCGUUUGUCACCUUGGCAAACAGACUCGCUCUCAACAAACACCAGAGGAUCACUUUGCAAAUGCAUGUUUGGAUUUUUGGCCGCUGAUCUAUAGCAAUAUCGAUUACAGAUUGGAUUAAAAAAAAGAGGCUCAUAGCACAUAGCUUAUUAUUAUUAUUAUUAUUAUUAUUAUUAUUAUUAUAGGUAGUGGCUUGUGUUUAAAUUUUGCAAAUUAUAGAAAUAACUAUUUUAACUGGCUGAAGGAAGCAGCAAUCUUUGUUCUUUGACUCAGAUUAUCCCGCCGCUGUUCACAGAAUGCUAAAUAUUAUAAUACAGCGGUUUAUUCGUGGUUGCUAAGCGACCAUCUAAAGAAAGGAAAUAAAAUCCGUUUCCUUGGAAACUCCAGAUAUUGGAAUAAUAUUGACAUCAAAAACGAACAGAAAACCACCACCAUUUUCUUCACCGGGACGAGGUCCCAAUUGAUGGAUUCUAACAUGGACUAUGAAAGGCCAAACGUUGAAACUAUCAAGUGCGUGGUGGUCGGAGACAACGCCGUCGGAAAGACCCGCCUCAUCUGUGCCCGGGCGUGUAACGCCACGCUGACUCAGUACCAAAUGCUCGCCACGCACGUGCCCACGGUCUGGGCCAUCGACCAAUACCGCGUCUGCCAAGAGGUCCUGGAGCGGUCCCGUGACGUGGUUGAUGAAGUCAGCGUGUCCCUACGUCUCUGGGACACGUUCGGGGAUCACCACAAGGACCGGCGCUUCGCUUACGGAAGGUCUGAUGUUGUGGUGUUGUGUUUCUCAAUCGCGAACCCCAACUCCCUACACCACGUCAAGACCAUGUGGUACCCCGAGAUCAAACACUUCUGCCCCCGAGCGCCUGUCAUCCUGGUGGGCUGCCAACUGGAUCUCCGCUACGCAGACCUGGAGGCCGUCAACCGGGCACGACGCCCCCUAGCCAGACCCAUCAAGUCCAACGAGAUCCUAGCCCCGGAGAAGGGACGAGAGGUGGCGAAGGAGCUGGGGGUGCCCUACUACGAGACCAGCGUGGUGGCACAGUUUGGGGUGAAGGACGUUUUCGAUAACGCCAUCCGCGCCGCUCUCAUCUCCCGCCGCCACCUGCAGUUCUGGAAGUCCCACCUGCGCAACGUCCAGCGGCCCCUGCUGCAAGCCCCCUUCCUGCCGCCCAAGCCCCCUCCGCCCGUGAUCACCGUGCCCAAGCCUCCCUCCACCAGCGAGGAGCACCCGGCCAGGCUGCUGGAAGACCCUCUCUGCGCCGACGUCAUCCUCAUCCUGCAGGACCAGCAGCGCAUCUUCGCACACAAGAUCUACCUCUCCACCUCCUCCUCCAAGUUCUAUGACCUGUUCCUCAUGGACCUGAGCCCAGGGGCCGCGAGCUCUCCCAAUAGGGGGUGUCUCCAAACCCAGCUGCAGAACCAAACCCUGACUGGCAGGGAUCUUCUCAUGAGGGCCGCCAGCUUCGACGUGUGCGAGAGCAGCGACGAAGGAGACCGCUCCAACCUGAGGAUUUCCACCAGCGAUGGGACGCUGAUCGGGGACGGCCGCGAGAGCGGCAGGAGGGGCCGGCUGCUUUCCUCCUGGAGCCGGGCUUUCGUGAGCAUCCAGGAGGAGCUGGUGGAUGACCCCAUGACCUACAGCCCGCGUCUGAUGACUGUGGUGAAGAUGGACCCCUCGGUGCAGCUGGCCCCGUUCCGUGCCGUCCUGCGCUACCUGUACACGGGCCAGCUGGACGAGCGCGAGAAGAGGCUGAUGCACAUCGCGCACAUCGCAGAGCUGCUGGAGGUGUUUGACCUGCGCAUGAUGGUGGCCAACAUCCUCAACAACGAGGGCUUCAUGAACCAGGAGAUCACCAAGGCCUUCCACGUGCGCCGCACCAACCGGGUCAAGGAGUGCCUGGCCAAGGGAACCUUCUCCGACGUGGUGUUCAAGUUGGAUGACGGGACGAUCCUCGCUCACAAACCCCUGUUAAUCUCCAGCUGCGAUUGGAUGGCUGCCAUGUUCGGGGGUCCCUUCAUGGAGAGCUCCACGAAGGAGGUGCUGUUCCCCAACACCACUCAGAGCUGCAUGCGGGCCGUGCUGGAGUAUCUUUACACGGGGCAGUUCUGCUCGCGGCCCGACCUCGAUGCCAUGGAGCUCAUAGUGCUGGCAAACCGCCUGUGUCUGCCGCACCUCGUUGCGCUCACAGAGCUGUACACAGUGACAGUGCUGAUGGAGUCAGCGCUGAUGGGAGCCGACGUUGAUGGAGAUGUGCUGGUGUACCUGGAGAUGGCACAGUUUCACUGUGCCCACCAGCUCACAGACUGGUGCCUCCAUCACAUCUGCACCAACUACAACAACGUCUGCCGCAAGUUUCCAAGAGAGAUGAAGGCCAAAUCGUCCGAGAACCAGGAGCACUUUGAGAAGCACCGCUGGCCGCCGGUCUGGUACCUGAAGGAAGAUGACCAUUACCAGCGCGCCCGCCGGGAGCGCGAGAAAGAGGACUACCUCUGUCAGAAACGGCAGUCCAAGCGCAAGUGGCUCUUCUGGAGCUCUCCUUCCCCCGCCUCCUCCUCCUCCUCCUCCUCCUCCUCCCACAGCUCCUCUGCCGUCGUUUGAUUGGCUCUCAGAAGCUCCGCCUUCUCCUGGUAGACGUUCCAAAGGGGGUGGGGGAUGGGGGGGGCGUGUUGGUAGCCAUGGCGAUAAUGCCACUCACAGGGCCUGGGCUUUGAGAUCUGUGGCGAAUGCGUGACUGUGGCCGGUGUUUCUCACUCUUCAGAGAGUCCGUGCAGCUGGUCUGUGUUGUUGGAGGUCUGUGUACUGGGGUAACAGGAGCCCUGGUUACUGGAAAGGAUUUCUUCAAGAAUGACAUCCUGAUAAUGUACAGUGCUUUCCAAGUUGUGGAGAUACAUCAUAAUAAAACUCCAAGCCUUCCCAUACCCCCCAAACCCCCCCAUCCCACCUCCACAGCGACACCCUUUGGACCCCCAAGCCUGAAACAUUUGUAUCUGGGUCCCACUGUGCCAGUGUCAGUGUGUCAGCCAGUGUUGGGAUUACAGCACGACCAUUAUUUCUCUAAGCGUUUCCGUCGACAGCUUCUGGUGACCUGUCCUUUUGUGCGAAAUACUCAUUGGCUCCCCCUUUGUCAUAGAGAAAGGGCAUUCUUAACUGUUUAAUUAUAUCAGUUCAAUUCUAGGAAGGGGGUUGUUGUGAUUGUAAUUAUAUUAACAGUUUGCUAGUAAUUCGAUUUUCCAAACCAAUAUCUUUCAGAAGGCCAGCUAGUUCCAUUCUACUCCAGGGCCUCUAUUUAGACAGUGCUGGCGCGUUGGACAAUUGGAAGAACUCUUUGCCAGUUAUGCAGUGUUAGUAGACUACGGGGAAGAGGAUAGUAGGGAUCAGUUUGCUCCUUUUAUCAGGGGGCGCAGCCUUGAGUUGACCCCCAAAUCAGUCAGUAAGAAAUAUCACGUCUUACAUCAUCUAGGGGCAGAGUGUCGCAGGCGGGAGGGGGACAGGUUAAUGGUUACACUCUGGUGUGCCGGCUGAACCAAGACAGGAUACAGGUUUCAGAGCACCAUAGAGGCCAAACAAGGGAAGCUUUAGGUUUUAAAACAAAGUCACCGGGAUGCGAUUAAACAGAAAAUGAGAUCCAGAGUGAUUCUAAACAAGAAAAAUAAUGCGUUAGUUGAGAUCACUGGGAUAGUUCAUACCCACGCCAAGCUGCCCCUUCUCAUGGUCCACUGCCUUCUGCACCACCCUGAAGGGGGCAAGCUAUGGGACCGCCCACAGUAACGUUUGAUCUGAAUUAUCACGCGCUGGAUUUGAACACAGCUGGAUGGCUGACCCUCGCUGGAUGUAUUCCCCCGGAUUCUGGGUUGUUUGCCGUUUCCUGUCUAGCCGUACGCAGUCACCGCUGCCUUGCUCCAACGCCGCCAGCCAAAAUACAAGCCAUGGAGUCACAUGGAACAUCACAGUGUGGAGGCGUGGCCAUUAGAAUUUCAAAUACUACCAUGGCGACACAAUGGGCGGGGCUCCUGCAGAGGUGGCAUGGAGUAGACUGGAGUGUGUUUGUGUUCAUGCUAUUGUGAGAGCAGUAGCAUGUUACAAUAGGAAGCCAUUCCACCAAUGGCAGCAUCAUCCCACAGUAGCUGCCCCAGUGCUGGAGCUGUCGUUAGGUCAAUACUGCCUUGCCACUGAACAUCGUUUGGGAAGGGAAGCCUCAUCCCCUAUUUAUCACUGCGUGUAGAAUUGUUCAGUUUCCUGUCUAUGCUAGGCAGUUGGUGAUAUAUUGUGAGUAUCUUGCUAAAGAUCUUUGUGGCGAGGGCUCUGAAGUUUGAUCAUCAGAAAGUCUUACCAGUGGGCUGAUAUUGACUUAAACAAUUUAACCAAAUGUAAAAUGUUCAUGGAACGGCCAGCCCCAGUGGAAAAGUGUGAAUAUAUCUAGACUUUACAGGGUAUUGAAGUUCAUGUUUACAAAGCUGUGAAUGUGAAAAACUGAGCCACCUGAACCUAGCUCAGCUGUUAGAGUUAAGGACAAGGCAGCGGGAGAUUCUGAAACGAAUGAGAUUUCAUUAAAAUGCCAGACUUGGACAGCACCUGCUAUCUUUUGCAAAUGUUUUGACUACACAGUACCACGCUCAAUUUGAAAGCCUUAAUUAAACUGAAGUGCUAAAUGAAGAUGAGAUACCUGGGGCAGUGAACUGAAAUAUUAUCUCGGCUUGGGGACUGUCACCUGCAUUGUAAAUUCACGGUAGUUGCGCAGCUUUGUAUUUCGAAUCCUGUUGACGUGCAGCACGAUGUCGGUACACUUUCUGUGCCCGUGAGAAGUCAGGGUUGUCUGCUAAGUCAGGUCUUGUGUGGCUUGCAUGCGAGUUUAGGUGUUUUCUGGUGUUUCCCACAGUGUGUAGCGCAUCAAACACUGAAAUCUUGUAUUUAAUGGUGGCUUUAUGCCAUGUUUUUAAGCAUCUUGAAUUGCAGUUACAGGGCACUGCACGUCCUAAUUCAUUUCACACACAUGUGUGUGUUCUCCACGCUUCUUUAUUGUAGUUCUUUGCUGACCAGGCUUACUAGCAAUCCCUGGGAGGUUUUUUUUUUAACCAGCGAGGCUGUUUUUAAAACUGAAGUGAGGUGGUUGGACAGAAAUGGAGAAAGGACAUUCGUGAACUUGGCACACAAUCUAAGGAGAAACAGCGAAAGAGAAUUACACUCACGUUUUGGGACGUCGGUAUUUUGCAUGCUUUCGGACUAUUCCAGAAAACAUUUUCCUUUUUUUCAGCCGCUGGUUCUGUUUCAGAAAAAAAUAAAAACUCCUCAAAGCUGAUUUUCUGAGGUGAGAUUGGGGAAGAAUAUUAGCGUUGCGCUUUACGCUGAACCCCAUAGGUGAAGCACUGUCCCCUAAAUCCUGUGCAGCACUGGUAUGCUUCCCCAUGCACCCUUAAGGAGUCUUUUCAGAAGCAGCACCUUGGCUCAUUUUUUGGACUGGUUAAUAUGCAUGGCAAAUAAGCAAAAUCCACACUAGAUAUUUACACAGAACACAUAUCAUUGAAUAUUACACAGGUAAGAAAUUCAAUAUCAGAAACAUUUAGAUUGUAUAGAGUAUCCAUUUAAUGUUGCUUCAACCAAACAUUUCUGAAGUCUGUUAAGAGUGAACUUGAACAUGUGCGCCACCAGUAUCAGUUAGAAAUGUUUGCUCAGAGUUAUUACAGGUCCAGUAACUCUCAGGAGCCUUUCCAGAGCAGCAUGCUUAUGCCAUUUCUACAUCACACCCCCCAGACAUGUGACAGAAUGCUCAGUCGGAAUGCACGGAUUCCGAAAGAGUUCACUGAAUGGACCCAGUGCUGUCAGUGCUGUGAUUGGAGCACAGCGUCGGCCAGGGUUUUCACUAUGACCCCUGCUGUGAUUGGAGCACAGCGUCGGCCAGGGUUUUCACUAUGACCCCUGCUGUGAUUGGAGCACAGUGUCGGCCAGGGUUUUCACUAUGACCCCUGCUGUGAUUGGAGCACAGCGUCGGCCAGGGUUUUCACUAUGACCCCUGCUGUGAUUGGAGCACAGUGUCGGCCAGGGUUUUCACUAUGACCCCUGUUCUGGGAUCCUUUCAUUGGCUCAACUUGCGGUCCACUGAUGUCGGACUCUUAUGUGCCCCCCCACGACCCGACUCUGAACUGUGGGUGAUCGGGCUUCUGUUCCGGUGCCCUGAGGUUGUGGCACGCCUUUCCCAAUGAAAUGAGGGACUCUCAAUCCUGGGGUGUUUUUAAAUCUCGCCUUAAAAACGUGUUUGUUUAAACUGGCUUUUUUUAAUUUAAUGUUUGAUAUUUUCUGAUUGUCUAUUUUUAUUUGUGUUCUUAUCUAUAGUGCUUUGUGAUGACUUGUCAUGAAAGGUGCUUUAUAAAAUGAUGAUUAUUAUUAUUAUUAUUAUUAUUAUUAUUAUUAUUAUUAUUUUAGCUAACCAGAGUCGUGCUAUACUGUACAGUGGUACUGUAAAAUAACAUGGUAGUCAGAUGUGUCAGUCUGUCACAAUGUUGUUUUCAAAAUGUUUUUUGAGUAAAUGUACUCGCUUUUACAAAUUUCAAAAGUAUAAAUCUGCUUUUUAUUUGAAUGUAUUUCAUGUUUUACUUGAAGAUAUGCUUUGAUUAUGAGCAGGGUGUGAUCUGCUUCAUUGAGGUCCAGAUCUUGAUUUCGUGGACAGCGUAAGGUCCCAUGCUUUGAGAACGCCCUCCUCAGGGUGCAGUGCAGCUCAGACUUGCUUGUGUUGCUCUUGUGCUGUUUUUAUAUACGUUUUCUUGUGUGGAUCUUUGCUUCAGUGAACGCUUGUGAGGCUUCUAACUCCUAAACGCUGUCGGACUGAUCUGAAAACGUAUACAGAGCUUCGCAACGGUAGGGAAAACAGACAGACAGGGUCGUAGAUUUAUGUAACAAACUGGUCACCCAAAACAGCCAACAAACCCACCCGCUGACUUUAAUAGUGAUUCAGAAACACUAAAAGAAAUAUGUAAAAACACAAUGACAAACAUUGCCAUGAAUAGAAGCUUUGUAUAAAAAAGGGGGUUUGGGGUAAAACUUAUUAGAGUUUAUUACUGAAAGAGAGGAAUCUCUCCCAUUCUCUUUCCAAAUCCUGUUACCCCGCGAUAAACCACCCCUGGUACGGUUUGGAUAAACAUCACCAAGGCUCCCAUGCACAGCACCGCACCGCCUGGACGACCGAUUCCGUGAUCAGACCCAGAGCACAGGAAGCACAUAACAUUCUUAUUAAAAAAAAUAAACAAGUCACCUAAUGACGACAUCAAAACAGACAACUUGAGCUUAUUUAUUUAGUUAUCUGUUCGUUUUUGGGUGCUCUCUCGCUCAGGUAUAGGAAAACGCUGCAUUUCCUGUCAGUGUUUUAAGCAUGAUAUGUUACCUGUUUGGUAGCUCCUUCUUCUGAGAUGCGUUAGAGGUAGGAUUUUUAGCUAGACAGGGCAACUUUCAGUGCAAACCACAAACCAGGUCUCGUAUCCAGGUAUAUAACUGCAAAAAAAAUAAGACGCUCAGAAGCUUAGGAGCUGGUUCUGCGUGUCUAUGAUCAGUGUGUGUGUGUUAAAGAUUCACGGUACACUGCUGUAGAGAAAACAGAUACGCAGAGAGACGGGACACGCUUUAGCUAAACAGUCACAAUACUGUAUUAACAUUGUGAUGAUAAAUGAACUGUGAAUUCAAAUUAAAAACUACAAAAAAAAUGGAAUGUUUUGUCUGCGUUGUACUGGAGUUGUAAUGUUUAUGUAAUAAAUAGGGUUAGAGAGAAACUGUCUGCCUGGCUGUUUUAUUGACGCAGUGAGCUUUUCAUGGUUGAAAAUUCUGUCCAAAUGGGAGGGAAUAUCCUUUCAUUUCAGCAUUACAGUAAUCUCUCAGGAGUGACAUAAACGCGAGAUCCCCAUCACCUGCAAAGUGCGCUUAUUUGAGACCUCGCUGGUGCGUUGGUUUUCCUUGCAUGGUUUUGGUCCAGUCGUUUAUCAAGGCGGCUCAUUACAUUUUUAAGCAGCGUUUUCAUUAUUUUUCACUAGACGUCCCGCUUAUUCAGAGUCAAGCUCGAUUCUAACCGCACGCGCGCACAAAAACACGGAUGGGUUUGAUUGCUUGUAGAUUCUGUCUAAAUUAAAUGCAUUUCUUUUAUAUUUUUAUUUAGCAGACAUCUUGAGAAGCCGUCCCAUAAAGCACUGUUACUCUAUAAAUUAGUACAAUGCUGAUGUGUUCACGUGCACCAUGAUUUCCAAAAGUCUUACACUGUACACAUGCUGCACUGGGCUCUAUUUUAAUGCUCUAAACAGUGGCGGAUCUUAAUACUGCCACCCUAGGAUUUUUUUUUUUUUAAAGACUAACUAGGUUCAAUUUGUUUUUUUAUGCCCCUUACCUUAUUAUGAUUUAUAUGCAAUUAGUUAUGCAAUAUUUAAAAUGUUUGCAAUCAGAUUUUGAUGCUAAAAAAACAAACCACUGUAACUUAAACACCACGAGAGGGCGCUCCAGUACUGCGCAUCUGUGUAGCGUCUCAAGAUGUGUUCCUUGUAAAAUGAUUUCGCACAGUUCACUGGUUUUACAAAAGGUUAGCAGCCAGAGAGAACAGGCUGACACAGCCAUUGCAAAUCCUGCUGCAAAUUUGCAAAUAAUAUUUACAUUUAACAACUCAGAGCGCACACAGCAACACCAUGCAACGAAAGGCUAGUUAAAGAUCGACUUUAACACAUCUGCAUGCUCGUAAGAUGUCUUGACUCUCCUGCUUAAUAUUAUCUUGCGUGUUUUUCUUCAGCACGGUCUGCUGUGGUUUCCGCACAGAUUGUUCCUCCCCAGGUUUACUCGCUAUCCCAGCAAACACAGAGCUCUGACCGCUGAAGCCUGGAGCAUUUGCAUUCAAAAAAAGCCCAUCAGCAGCAAUCAUUAGAUUUGUGUCGCCCGAUAGAAUGAAUUAAUUCUGCUUCCCAGGGUCUCAGUUGUUGAAGCUGACACCCUGGGAUCCUUCGAGAAGCUGCUUGAUGAGAUUCUGGGAUCAAUAAGCUACUAACAACCAAACGAGCAAGAUGGGCUGAAUGGCCUCCUCUCGUUUGUAAACUUUCUUAUGUUCUUCUUAUGAAUGAAACCUGCUGAAUAAUGUUCUGUUAACAUAUUGAAUUACAGCCUCUUUGUAGUUUUCGCAUGUUCGCAGUAUUAUUAUUAUUAUUAUUAUUAUUAUUAUUAUUAUUAUUAUUAUUAUUAUUAUUAUUAUUAUUAUUGUUAUUAUUAUUGUUAUUGUCUCAAUUAUCUGUAAUGCAGAAUUGGGAGUUAAUUCUAUAAUAUCUACAAAGCCGUGGGGACCAGACCUCAAGCACCGGACCACGCACUGCAUCACUGACAGAGUCAUUCUAUUAACUAGCGCUGAACGCAGUGGCUGUUGCACUUCAGACUAGCCACAAGAUGGCGCCAUUGCACUACGUUUUCCGCGAAUUUAACAUUUAAUUUAAUGGCAAGAGUGUGUACCGUGAGACAGACAGAGACAGGCAGACCGACUAUAUCCGUUAUAACUGAUUACAAACAAUGGCAAAAGUGUAUCAUGGUAGUCUUAUUAUGUUAUAAUGUUCUGUAACUUAACAGCGUAAUCAAUAACAUUUAUUUAUGUGUUACAAA